AUGCAGGAGAACUACGAGAAUGUGACCUCGCUGGGGUGUCCCAUUUCCAAACCUGACGUGAUCUCCCAGCUGGAACGAGGGGAGGAGCCGUGGGUCCCGGACCUCCAGGGCUCUGAGGAAGGAGAGAUCCCCAGAGGCGCCUGCGCAGCAGAGGAUGUGAUGGCGACUGAGGACAAGGAGCAGAAUCCUCAGCAGGAAGAUGGUGAGCACGUGGAAGCACACGGGGGAUUAUCGCAAGGAUCCAAAGGGGCUGAGUCCAGGCAUCGUGUGCAAGUAAAAGCCUCUGAGAGUCAGCAAAGUCCAAAGGGAAACCAGCCAAGGGAGAAAGUGGGCAAAUCCACUGAUUGUCAGCGAAUUUACCAGGACUUCAAGGAAAUCACAGUCCAGCAGAAAACCCUCACAGGAGAGAGAAAGAACACAUGUACUGAGUGUGGGAAAAACUUCACUCUGAACUCCACCCUUAUUAAACAUCAGAGGAUCCACACAGCAGAGCGCCCCUACGAAUGCUGUGAGUGCGGGAAACACUUCAUUGAGAAAUCAAACCUUAUUAAGCAUCGGACAAACCACACCCAAGAGAGACCCUAUGAGUGCAAUGAGUGUGGGAAAAAAUUCACUCGGAGCUCAACCCUUAUCAGACAUCAGAGGAGCCACACAGAAGAGAGACCGUAUGAAUGUAGUGAGUGUGGGAAAAGGUUCACUCGGAGCUCAGUCCUUAUCAAUCAUCAGCGAAUCCACACCGGAGAGCGACCCUAUGAAUGCAGCGAGUGUGGGAAAACCUUCCCUCAGAGCUCAAUCCUCUUUAAACAUCAGAAGAUCCACACGGGAGAGCGCCCCUACAAAUGCUGUGAGUGCGGGAAACAGUUCAUUGAGAAAUCAACACUUAUUAAACAUCAGACAAGCCACACAGGAGAAAGACCCUAUGAGUGCCAUGAGUGCCGGAAACAGUUCAGUCAGAAAUCAAGCCUUAUUAAACAUCAGACAAGCCACACAAGAGACAGGUCCUGUCAGUGCCGUGAGUGCGGGAAAAGCUUCACCCACAGUUCAUCCCUUAUCCGACAUCAGAGGAUCCACACGGGAGAGAGACCCUAUGAGUGCUGUGAGUGUGGGAAAAGCUUCACUUUCAAAUACGACCUUAAUAAGCAUCAGAGGAUCCACACGGGAGAGCGCCCCUACGAAUGCUGUGAGUGCGGGAAACAGUUCACCUGGAGCUCAGGACUCAUUAAUCAUCAGCGAAUGCACACGGGAGAGCGCCCCUACGAAUGCUGUGAGUGCGAGAAAAAGUUCACUCAGUGUUCAGGUCUUAUUAGUCAUCAGCGAAUGCACACGGGAGAGCGGCCCUAUACGUGCUGUGAGUGUGGGAAAAGCUUCACUCAGAAUUCAGGCCUUCUUAAUCAUCAGAGAAUUCACACAGGAGAGCGCCCCUAUACCUGCUCCGAGUGCGGGAAAACGUUCCCGCAGAGCUCAGCCCUUUUUAAACAUCGGAGGAUCCACGCGGGAGAGCACCCCUAUGAAUGCUCUGAGUGCGGGAAACAGUUCAGUGAGAAAUCAAAACUUAUUAAACAUCAGACAAGCCACACCGGAGAGAGACCCUAUGAGUGCUACGAGUGUGGGAAAAGCUUCACUCAGAGUUCAUCCCUUAUCAGACAUAAGAAGAUCCACACAGGAGAGAAACCCUAUGAAUGUUGUGAGUGCGGGAAGAGCUUCACUUUCCAAUAUGACCUUAAUAAACAUCAGAGGAUCCACACAGGAGAGCGCCCUUAUGAAUGCUGUGAGUGCAGGAAACAGUUCACCUGGAGCUCAGGCCUCAUUAUUCAUCAGAGAAUCCACACAGGAGAGCGACCCCAUGAAUGCGGUGAGUGCGGGAAAACCUUCACUCAGAGCUCAGGCCUCAUUACUCAUCAGAGAAUGCACACAGGAGAGCGACCCUAUACGUGCCGUGAGUGCGGGAAAAAAUUCACUCAGAGCUCAGGCCUCAUUAAUCAUCAGAGAAUGCACACAAGGGAGAAACCCUAUAUAUGCUGUGAAUGCGGGAAAACUUUCCCUCAGGGCUCAGCCCUUUUUAAACAUCAGAGGAUCCACACAGGAGAGCGUCCUAAGAACUCUGCGAGUGAGGGAAAAGUUUCAUCCAAUGCUCACACCUUAAUAGACAUCAGUGAUCUCACAGGAUAGAUAAACACCAUAAAAAGUUUGUGCAGGGCAGAGAAAAUAUUUUUUUUGCUAAUUCCCACAGUGACUUUUUUUUUAGGGCUGUUUAUAGCAUUUGCAUCAUCGUGUUCUCUCAGCUCACCCAGGUGAGUUGCCCGUGUUUCCUUUUGCAGGUCUCCCUUCUCAGGGGUGAAUUCAGUGGUCCUUUCCAUCAACUCCUUUCUCCUGUGAGUCAUGGAAGUGUGUUUCCCUCCUGCCAGGAGUGUUCAUCAGCCCCAGGUGUGGGAAAUCAGGGUGACCUCAAGUAGCUACACUGAGUGAAAACUGACCUGGGCUUUGUCUCUCCAGGAUUUUCCAUGGCGUUGGCCUGCUGGAAGUAGCUACCCUAAUGUAAACACACCGCUAUAUAUGCAGUGCUGACAUAGCCCAAGCACAGGGGCUGGAGUUAGCUAGCAUGUUCCCCUUUGACCUGUCCUAAUCCACACCAAUUUUCAUAGUAUAGAGGAGCCCUGAGCAUCACAUUCAUACUGUCACCCUACUAGCAGAGCGAUUGUUAGAGUUGCCAAGUUCCCCCUUUGGCGACAGAUUAUUUCAUUCCCAAGUGUUCUCAUGCUGGUCCAGGUUGUGCUGGACCGCAGGUUGUUUGGUUUAUUCACCGUCUUUCUCAUUUAAAAUAUAUUUCAAUAUAAAAUAGAAGAGGAGCAGGAGUGGGACAAAUGCACCGCAACAUCAGAAGGAAAUGGGGUGAGGAUAGGAUUAAAAUUCAAAAUGAUCUGGACAAGCUGGAGAAAUGGUCUUAAGUAAAGAGGACGAAAUUCA